CAUUGGUGAAUAUUGGAUACAUUGGUGGAUAUUGGACACAUAGAUGAAUAUUGGACACCGUAGAUGAAUAUUGGACACAUCGGUAAUCCGACUACUUGUCAGAUUUCGAGACUUUAGUUUCUGGUUGCAUUUAAAGAGGGCAGCAUGAGUUCUUAUAGGUCAUCCUCACCUAGAUUGUCUUCCAAGUUCAAGAGUGCCAUGUCAGAGCGCUACAACUCAUACAAAGAUGAUAACUUUGACUAUUCAGACCGAAGUCACAUGACCCGGCCUACGACCUUGACCUCAGAUUCCUCUGCCAGCAAAUCAAGUAGUUCCGACAGUUCUUCCAGUAGUGGAUAUGUAAGGCGGGACCCUGAGACUUAUGAACGAAUAAGAAAUGGAAACAGUGACAAAGAAAAAACAUCAACUUCUAGCUAUAAAUCUGACUACAAAUCUGACUAUAAGUCAGACUACAAAUCUGACUACAAAUCCGAUUAUAAAUCAGACUACAAAUCUGACUAUAAAUCUGAUUAUAAAUCUACAAGUUCAACUUUACCAGCACGCUCUACAGAGGGCUUGAUAAUGACAAAGGGCUUGAUAGAGAAAGUGAUAAAGAGAACUUACUAAAUGGGAAUGGGCAUGAUGUG